GACUCGACACGGCGAACAGGGAUGCAGCGAGGGCGCAGCGCAGCCUGAAAAUGGCACCACCACGCGUACUGUGGAUCUAUCCAUCCCUUUCCCUCCUGUCCUCUCUGCUUCUUUUCCACGCUUUAGCGCCAUGCCGAGCCUUACGGAAUUACCCGGAGAACGAAGUUACGUUGCUGGACUCCAUGUCAGCCUUGGCCGACUUGGGCUGGGAGGCUUAUCCUAAUGAGGGGUGGGAGGAGAUCAGUGUCAUGGAUGAGAGGAAUACCCCAAUGAGGACCUACCAGGUGUGUAACGUCAUGGAAGCCAACCAAAACAACUGGCUGAGAACGCGACACAUCAGUCGGGAAGGAGCGCAGCGCGUCUACAUCGAGAUCAAGUUUACUCUAAGAGACUGUAACAGUCUACCUGGGGUCCCUGGUACCUGCAAAGAGACAUUCAACAUGUACUACUUUGAGUCCAACAAUGCAAACCUGUGGUUUAUCAAGGAAAGCCAAUACAUCAAGAUUGAUACUAUUGCUGCAGAUGAGAGCUUUACACAGGUGGACGUUGGCGACCGUGUCAUGAAGCUGAACACAGAGGUGCGGGACAUCAGUAACUUGAGUAAAAAGGGUUUCUACCUGGCCUUCCAGGACCUGGGUGCCUGCAUUGCUCUGGUCUCAGUGAGGGUCUUCUACAAGAAAUGUCCACUCACUGUGCUAAACUUGGCCCAGUUUCCUGACACAAUAACGGGUGGAGACACAGCACUGGUUGAGGUCCAUGGUGCGUGUGUGAACGCCUCUGAGGAGUUUGAGCCUCCCAAGAUGUACUGCAGUGCAGACGGAGGCUGGCUGGUUCCCAUUGGGAGGUGUGUGUGCAAACCAGGCUUUGAGGAGAACAAGGACAUGUGCCAACCAUGCCGACCUGGCACCUACAAAGCUUCAGCUACAGAUGCCUACUGCACCAAAUGUCCUCCCCACAGCUCGUCCCCGCAGGAACAAGCUACAGAGUGCAUUUGUGAGAAAGGUUUCUACCGUGCUGAGACAGACCCUCGCUCAAUGGCCUGCACACGUCCUCCAUCUGCUCCUGAGAAUCCCAUCUCAACAGUGAAUGAAACCUGUGUCACCUUGGAGUGGGCACCACCCAGAGACACCGGAGGCAGAGGAGACAUCACCUACAACCUCAACUGCACGAAGUGCUCUGGUGAUGGCAGGAAGUGCACGCCGUGUGGUAGCAGCAUCCAUUUUGUUCCCAGGCAGUUUGGUCUGUUGUCAACCACCGUGUUGGUUACUGACUUGCAGCCGGAUUCCAACUACAGCUUCACAAUUAAGAGUGAGAAUGGAGUGUCAGAAUUAAGUCCAACACCCAGAGAAGUAGUCAUAAAUGUCACGACGUCACAGACAGUCAGCGUUGUGUUGAAGGAAAGGCGGAGCAAGGACAGUGUGACUUUGGCCUGGCAGGGUCCAGAGAGACCCAAUGGAGCAAUAGUGGAGUAUGAGGUUAUCUACUAUGAGAAGAACCAAAGAGAGCAGAACUAUACAGUUUUGAAGACUCGCUCCAACAUGAUGACAGUGGAAGGGCUAAAACCUGGGACCACCUAUGUGUUCAGGGUCAGGGCUCGAACUGAUGGGGGCUAUGGGAGCUACGGUGGAGAGAUUGAGCUGGAAACCAGUCACGAAGAUGUUUUGGCCAUAGGGGACCCUAAUCAGUCUACCAUUCUGGCUGUGUCGAUCGCAGGGGGAAUUGUUCUCCUCAUCUUCCUGGUGACUUGCUUCGUUGUCAGCGGAAGGUAGGGCCUGC